AUGGAGACGAAAGUUCCUACAAACCACUGCACAGGUUUUGAUAAAACAAAUAUGGAUCGGAUACCAUCACUUGAAGAUUUAGAAAACAAACGAAAAAAGGAAAAGAUAAAAGAUAUACAAAGAAAAGAUAGUUAUCUUUAUAAAAGUUUUGUUUACAAAGACGAUUUACAAAGAAGUUUGAAAAAAGAAUAUGGAAUAUACAAUUAUUGCCUUAUUAGUGUAUGCAUAAGUUUUAUUUUAGGUUUAAUAAUAGGUGUUAUCGUCAAUGAAUCUGGGCUGUCUAGAACAUUAAAUUCAUUAAAAUUUGAUAUAAAAGGCAAUGAAAUUACAAAAGAGAACAAAAGAUAUGUAUCCGUAUCUUUUACUGGAGAAAAAGAUCACAAGUUUAAAAAAGAUAUUUAUCCAAAAAGUUUAACUGAAGAUAUGAAAAAUAUCUUAAAAGAUAACAAAGAAGAUUUUAAGCACAGUUUAAAUUUCAAUAAAACGUUUUUGGUCAAUGAGAAAACUGUUCUUUAUGGUAAUGUUUUCUGGGGGCCUGAAGUAGAAGACGCAAUGCCGCAAGGGUAUGGACCUUCAACUACUGCUAUAUGGGAAAGUUAUACCAACCAGAGUGAAGUUGUAAAGAUGGAGUCGGGAUGUGGCAGAAUGCAAAAUCGUUUAGUCACUUUCAAAGAUGGCAUCCAAGCCUGUGUCAGAUACAGACAAAAUACUGACCAAAUCCAGGGAGAAAUUUUCUCCUUUUACGUAGCUAAAUUGAUGAACAUAACGAAUCUUGCGCCUUCUGUUGUCAAAGUUGUUGAUUUAAAAGAUAAACUUUGGCAGAACGUCGCAAAUGAAGUUUCAACUGCCCAAUGGUACAGUAAUAGAGCUGUGGUUUUAACACAAUAUAUUCCCAGUUUAGAAUCAGCGACUAUACCCGACAUUUUCAAACCAAGCAACCGACAUUUGAAUAAAUAUGAUAUCUUAAAAAUGUCUUUAAAGGAAAGCGAAUCAACAGAUAUACUAAUAGAUAAAUUAAAAGAUAAAAAGAUGAAAAAGAAAAAGGAACGCAAUUUUGAUCAUAUAGAUUUGAAAUUGAAUAAGAAAACGAUUGAUAAGUUCGUAGAAUUAGCGCAGUGGUCAGAUUUAAUCAUAUUUGACUAUUUAACUGCAAAUUUGGACAGAAUUGUGAAUAAUUUAUUUAAUUUUCAAUGGAAUAUAAACAUAAUGGAUGGUCCUGCGCAUAAUUUGGCUAGAAAAAUGGACAGUGGUCUCCUGCUUUUUUUAGACAACGAAUCAGGGUUACUUCACGGCUACAGAUUGCUGAAGAAAUACAAUGUUUAUCAUAGUUUAAUGUUGGAUAAUCUGUGUGUGUUCAGAAAGACGACUAUAAGUGCUUUAAAAGAACUAUUUGAAACGCAAACAGUUGGUGCAAAGCUCAGUUUAAUGUUUCAUGAAAAAAAUAAUGCUGUAAUUAGAGAUAUAUUACCGCCAUUACCGGAGAAGAAUAUUAAAAUUUUGCAUGAGAGAAUAGGUAAAGUUUUAAGUCAGGUUGAGAAAUGUGAACAAAAUUUUUCCGUUAAAGGCUGAUCUAGAGAGUUAGAAUACCAGCGUAGUGUAAUAAGACAAAUAGGGUAACUUCAUACAACGGUAACAGCGCGCCUUGUAUGUGUGCACCGCACGCCGUGUAAGGACGCACACAUUUGCAUAAUCUCGCAGUGCACUCGCGUUGAAUAGCGCAGGUCGCACGCGCCAUCAUUAUAGAUUUAAAGUGUUCACUCGGAGUUUAAAAUUUAUAUUUUUUUUAUUUAUAAAUAUAUCGUUAUGUACCCGAUAAUGUUACAUAUAGGGUAAUUUGUAAAAUACUAAGAACCUCGCAAGACUAUACACAUACAUAUUACACGAAGACAUAAUGAAUUAAAACUGGUUGUCUGUAAGGCUACCUUCUUUCAUGAUAGUAUUUGUGCCAGAUAACCGUUUUACACAGCAAAAAAUAGAGCACACAAUAAUCUUUUAAAAACAGUUAAAAUUAGUUCA